UCUGUAGAACUCGGAGUCAUGGCUAUCUUGUUGUCUACGAUUGUGGUUCCUUCCUCUAAGCUCAGCUCCAAGCUUGCCAUCUUCAACAAUACGCAAGAGCAUGCACUUCCAAGUUUUCACCAUUCCAUAGAUAGUGGCAAGCGCUCUCAGAAAGUUCCGUCCUUGAUUACUUUUGCGGUAAAGGGUAACUCCACCGUGCAAACGAGUCAGGGAAAUUAUGCUAAAAUCACGCCCAGGAGAGAUGGUAAGAACCCAUUUUUGAGUGAGGGGAGAGAUGAGGAUGAAACUCGUGGACCCAUUUGCCCUGGUUGUGGAGUCUUUAUGCAAGAUGAAGACCCAAACCUUCCUGGGUAUUACCAACAAAGGAAGGUGAAAGUGGAAGAGUUUUCUGAUGAGGAUAAUAUUGACGAUGAUGAUGAUGAUGAUGAAAUGGGGUUUUGGGAUAGUAGUGAAAAUAAGCUUGAAGAAGACACUGAGGGGUUAAAAGAUGAGUUUGAUUGGGAUUCUGAUGAGUGGGAAGCUAAGUUUCUUGAGGAAGAGGAUGAUAAGUUGGAAUUGGAUGGAUUUGCACCUGCAGGGGUUGGCUAUGGUAACGUCACUGAGGAGGUUCUGGAGAGGGCAAAGAAGAAGAAGGUGUCAAAAGCUGAGAAGAAGAGGAUGGCUAGAGAGGCUGAGAAGGUGAAAGAAGAGGUUACUGUAUGUGCUAGGUGUCACUCCUUGAGAAAUUAUGGUCAGGUGAAAAACCAGACAGUUGAGAAUUUGAUACCUGAUUUUGAUUUCAAUAGGUUGAUUUCUACUCGGUUGAUGAAUCCUGCUGGUAGUGGCAGUGCUACUGUUGUUGUCAUGGUUGUGGAUUGUGUUGAUUUUGAUGGUUCUUUCCCUAGAACUGCAGUGAAAUCGUUGUUUGAGGCAUUGGAAAGAAUCCAGGAUAAUCCAAAGCUGGGUAAGAAACUGCCAAAGCUUGUUCUUGUGGCAACAAAGGUUGACCUCCUUCCAUCCCAGGUUUCUCCUACCAGGUUAGAUAGAUGGGUUCGACAUCGUUCACGUUCUGGAGGAGCACCUAAGUUAAGUGGGGUUUAUAUGGUCAGUGCUCAUAAGGAUUUAGGUGUAAGGAAUUUGUUGUCCUUCAUGAAGAAUUUGGCUGGCCCUCGCGGGAAUGUGUGGGUAAUUGGGGCUCAAAAUGCAGGGAAGUCUACUCUCAUCAAUGCAUUUGCAAAGAGAGAAGGAGCCCAAGUUACAAAACUCACAGAAGCUCCAGUUCCUGGUACAACACUUGGAAUCUUGAGAAUUGGAGGAAUUUUGUCAGCUAAGGCUAAGAUGUUUGACACUCCAGGGCUCUUGCAUCCAUAUUUAAUGUCAAUGAGAUUGAACCGGGAUGAGCAAAAGAUGGUUGAGAUACGGAAGGAACUUCGUCCUCGAACAUAUAGAAUUAAGGUAGGGCAGGCUAUACAUAUUGGAGGCUUGACAAGACUUGACCUUAUUGAAGCCUCUGUUGAAACAAUAUAUGUCACAGUUUGGGCAUCACCAAAUGUUUCUCUUCACUUGGGGAAAAUAGAAAAUGCUGAUGAAGUUUGGCAUAAUCAUGUUGGCGUCAGGCUGCAGCCUCCCAUUGGGAGUGACCGCGCUGCUGAAUUAGGCACAUGGCAAGAAAGGGAAGUUAAAGUGUCUGGAUCUAGUUGGGAUGUCAAAAGCAUUGACAUAGCAAUAGCUGGUUUAGGUUGGUUCUCUUUGGGUUUCAAAGGUGAAGCAACCAUAAAAUUGUGGACCUUUGAUGGAGUUGAUGUAACUUUGAGAGAACCUUUGGUCCUUGAUAGGGCUUCAUUCCUUGAGAAACCAGGUUUUUGGUUACCAAAAGCCAUCUCUGAUGCUAUUGGCAACCAAACUAAACUUGAAGCUCAAAGAAGGAAAAUACUUGAAGAUGAGGAUACGGAAUACGUGGGGGCAGGUACAGAGCUAUCCGCAUGAAAAGAACUGGAUUGCUUUGCCACUGUCUUUCAUUAAGGAUGAGAAUAGAAGCUGUAACCAAACUGACGUAUUGCAGAGGCAAUAACAUCUUUGCAACUAGUUGGUGUGAUCCCCCACCUACUUAGAGAGACUUGCAGUUUAGGUGUCAGAGACGGUGAUUAUGUAGUUUUGCGAUAAGUUGUAAGACUUACGCCUAUUAUGUACAUAUAUACAGUCAAUGUCUGCAUUUUGGGAGGUAGUAUUUCAAAUUUUAUGUAUUGAUUGCCUUUGCACAAGUCAGAAAAAUAAAACUAUCUCUAAAAGAA